AUGAGCUGCUAUACGAAUAGUUCGUGUCCAUCGCCUACAACUGGUGCUGCUUCCCAAAUAUUCUCCUCGGCAUUACAGUUCUUCGCAGCUGCACAAUGUCUUAUAACCGAAGAUUGGCCUUCCAGCGCCAAAGUUGUUGACAAUGAAAAAUACGAUUUCAUAAUUGUGGGGGCAGGAACAUGUGGAUCUAUAGUUGCCAACAGACUUAGUGAGAUUGGAGACUGGAAAAUAUUACUGUUGGAAGCUGGUGAUAAUCCACCAGUGGAAAGCAUCAUAAUUGCUUUGGAUAGACAAGUAUAUGGUUCAAAAUAUGAUUGGGGAUAUGUAACUGAAAAUAAUGGAAUUACAAGCCAAGGUUUUGUAAAUGGAGAAGUGCAAUGGCCUAGAGGGAAAAUGCUCGGUGGAAGCAGCGGUAUAAAUGGAAUGAUUUACAUUAAGGGAAACUUUAAAGAUUACAAAAGGUGGUAUGAUGCAGGAAAUGAGGAAUGGCAUCCGAAAGUUGUAGAAAAAUAUUUUAUAAAAGCAGAAAAUCUUCAAGAUACUGAACUAUUAAAAUCCGCUGAGGUUAGAAAAAAUUACGGAACAAGAGGGCCUCUAAUAAUAAAUUCAUUUAACGUAACAUCAAGGCGCAUUGCAGAUAAAAUAAUAGAAGCCUGGGAUGAGAUUGGAUUCAAAAAAGUUUUGGAUGUUAGUAAUCUUAACAACUUACGAGGAUCUGGAAGGUUUAGGGCAUCUGCUGCUAGUGGUACAAGAGAAAGUACGGCUAAAGCAUAUCUAAAUCCAAUAAAAAAUAGAAAAAACCUUUACAUUGUUAAGAAUGCUCUUGUUACCAAGGUUUUAAUAAACAAUAAAACUAAGGAGGUAUUUGGUGUAUCUGUAGAAAUUCAUGGAAAAAAAUUCACUUUUUAUGCAAACAAGGAAGUCAUUUUAAGUGCAGGUUCAAUUAAUACACCGCAGUUGUUGAUGUUGUCUGGAGUUGGACCACGGGAACAUCUUAUUUCAAAGAAUAUUUUUUGUAAAGUAAACUCUUGCAUGGUUGGUGAAAAUUUACAAGAUCAUGGUAUAGUACUUGUUCCUGUAUUUGGUAAAGAGCCGGAAGACCAAACGACAGCAGAAAAAAGUUUUGCUGCCAUACAAUAUCUUUACAAUCGUGAAGGGUACUUAGGUGGUAAAAGUACCCCGGACGUUUCAGCAUUUUAUUCAGAAUGUGCCAACCAAACAUAUCCACAAUUUCAAAGCGUUCCUCUUCUUUUCGGUAAAAAUUCGUCAUCAGUGCGUGAAUUUUAUAACACUAUCAAAGUGAAACCUUCAGUGAUAGAAUCAAUAGUGAAACAAAACAUUAACAAUGCUUUGUAUAUUUUUCGAUUUAUUUUGUUACAUCCUUUUUCUAAAGGAAACAUUAAGUUGCGUUCAAAUGAUCCAAAACAAUAUCCUAUUAUUUACGCUAAUUAUUUUAAAGAUCCAAGGGACUUAGAUGCAGCCGUAGUCGGAAUUAAAAUGCUGACUAAAAUCGUGAAUACUAAAUAUUUCAAAUCGAUUGGUGGAUUUUUAGGCAGAAUAGACUGACCUCCUUGUAAUAAAUUCGUACUCGACACCAAUGAAUAUUGGAGAUGCAUAGCUUUGAAUUUUAUCACCACCGUGUAUCAUCCAACAGGUACUACGAGAAUGGGACGUAAUAUAAACGUGUCUGUUGUCGACAGCAGACUAAGAGUUCAUGGUCUUAAAAAACUUCGCAUAAUAGACGCAGGUGUAAUGCCAUUUACAGUCAGUGCAAAUACCAACGCUCCAAGUGUGAUGGUGGGUGAAAGAGGAGCAGAUUUGGUUAAAGAAGAUUACAGAAAGUGUCCUUCAGGACGAUGUCCAUGUUAAUAAAAAGUUAUGAAUACGUUGAAAAAGUAAAUUAAUAAUUAAAAAUCUAACGCCAAGAAAAGUAGAAUUACAUUUAUCUAGUGAGACUAAAAAGAGUUAGUUGAAAUUAAA